UAUUAUUAUAACGUAUUACUGUUUUACAUUCAACUACAACUGUAAUGACAAUUUCAAGUAAACCAAUUUAUUCACCUCUUGAAGGGGUUGAAGUUUUAGCACCCAUUCAAUCAAAUGCGGAAUAUUUACCAUUAUCCAAUACUACUCAAGCUGAUAUCUUAACUAAAUCAUCCUUAUCAUUCAUUGUCUUAUUACAUCGUACAUUUAAUGAAACUAGAAAACAAUUAUUAGCCAAUAGAGAAAUAUUCCAAUCUAAAUUAAACGCUGGUACCGCUAAAUUAGAAUUUUUAAAAGAUGAAGUUUCUCAAAAACUUCAACAAGAUCCAACUUGGCAAGGUGCUUUACCAAGUUAUGGUUUAAUUGAUAGACGUACAGAAAUCACCGGUCCUCCAGAACGUAAAAUGAUCAUUAAUGCUUUAAAUACUCCUGUCAAAACUUAUAUGAGUGAUUUUGAAGAUAGUUCAAGUCCAACUUGGUCUAAUGUCUUAAAUGGUCAAUUAAACUUAUAUGAUGCUAUAAGACAUCAAGUUGAUUUUAAAAAUUUAGAUAAUAAUAAAGAUUAUAAAGUUAAUUAUGAUAGUGGUAAACCUUUACCAACCAUAAUUGUUAGACCAAGAGGUUGGCAUAUGGUUGAAAAACAUAUUUUAGUAGAUGGUGAACCUAUAAGUGCAUCUAUAGUUGAUUUUGGUCUUUACUUUUAUCAUAACGCUAAAGAAUUGAUUAAUCAAGGUUAUGGUCCUUAUUUCUACUUACCUAAAAUGGAACAUCAUUUAGAAGCAAAAUUAUGGAAUGAUAUAUUUAAUGUGUCUCAAGAUAUAUUUUCCAUUAAAAGAGGUACAAUUAGAGCUACAGUCUUAAUUGAAACUUUACCAGCUGCUUAUCAAAUGGAAGAAAUCAUUUAUCAAUUAAGAAACCAUACUUCGGGUUUGAAUUGUGGUAGAUGGGAUUAUAUAUUUUCCACCAUAAAAACCCUUGUUAAAGAUCAAACUAAACUUUUACCAAAUAGGGAUCAAAUCACCAUGACAGUCCCCUUCAUGAGUUCUUAUUGUAAGCGUUUGAUUCAUAUUUGUCAUAAUCGCCAAGUUCAUGCCAUGGGAGGAAUGGCAGCUCAAAUCCCGAUUAAAAAUGAUGAAGUUGCCAAUACAGUCGCUAUGGAUAAAGUCUUCAAUGAUAAGUUAAGAGAAGUUAAAAUGGGUUAUGAUGGAACUUGGGUGGCUCAUCCUGCUUUAUCUGUCAUUGCUAAUGGUGUUUUCAAUCAACAUAUGCCUACUCCAAAUCAAUUAUUCAAACUGAAUGAAGAUCCUCAUGUUACUGAACAAGAUUUAUCUAAUACCGCCAUUGAGAAUGGUGUUAUAACAACUGAUGGUAUUAGACAGAAUAUUUAUAUUGCUUUAUGUUAUGUUGAAUCAUGGAUUAGAGGUAUUGGUUGUGUACCUAUUAACAAUCUUAUGGAAGAUGCUGCCACUGCAGAAGUUUCAAGAUUACAAUUAUAUUCAUGGCGUUAUCAUAAUGUCGAAUUAGAUGAUUUGAAAGUUAAAUUAUCUUCAUCAAUAGUCGAACAAUUAUUACAAGAAGAAUUGGAUAAAUUAUUAAUUCAAUUCCCUUCUUCAAAGAAUUAUAAAUUUGAAAUUGCUGCUAGAUAUUUAAAACCUGAAAUGACAGGUAAAUCAUGUUCAAACUUUUUAACUACUUUAAUUUAUGAUGAAAUAGUAGAAGCUGGCCAACCAAUUGAUUUAAACUUACUCAAAUAGAUAUAACGCUGUUUUUUCUUAUUUAAUUAUAAAUAUAUAUAAUCUUAUUUAUACUUUUCUACAAACCCAAUAUUCACAAUCAUAAAUAUAUGUUCCAAG